AUGACUGGUGUUGAGAAAGGCUUUUUUAAGUAUUUUAAAGAUUUGGUACCAAGUGCACAAUUAAUUCGAUGUACUUGUCAUUCUUUACAUCUUUGUGGAUCAACGGCGGCAGAACAGCUUCCAGCUGAUUUAGAGUUUUUAGUACGAGAAUCGCGAAACUUUUUCUCGAAAAGCGCUUUACGACGCCUACAGUAUCAGGCCUUGUAUGCGGCUAUAAAUGAUGGCAAUAUGCCUAAAAAUUUAGUGCAGCUAUCUGCAACUAGAUGGUUGGCAUGGGGCAAAGCCGUUGAUGUUGUAGUUUCUCAGUGGUUAGAAUUAAAAACGCUUUUCGACACUCAUGUUUGCAGUCUCAAUCCGAGGGACAAAUGCACAAUUAGUAGAAAACUUCGCGACAUGUACCAGGAUGAUUGUAAUCUCUUAUAUCUUCUGUUUUUGAAACCUAUAACGGCUGAAUUGUGCAAGGCCAACUUAAAAUUUCAACAGGAUUCAACAGAAGUAACUAAGCUUUUCAUUGAUUUACGCGUGCUACUAGUUUCUUUAUUGAGAAGAAUUAUUAAACCAGCAAGUUUAAAAAUAAAUGAAAAUGGUCAGUUUCUGUCGCACGCAGAUUUUCGAGAUGUUGUUAAAAUAUUAAAUGAUCAACAUGCUUAUCUGCCGCUAAAUUCUGUUGAUUGUGGUGCCUCAUUUGCCAUUCAUCUUGGUAGGAUCCAAUUGCCCGUUGAAAGAGUAAUGGAAGUCAAACAGCGAUGUUUAAAUUACUUAUCGUCUUUAUGCAAAGAACUUGCUUAUCGUUUACCGAAUAAUAUCCAUCUCUUCGAAAACAUUCGCUAUUUGACACCUGAAGAAUCUUUAAAACCUAUAAAUAGAGUUGAUUUUCUUGAAUUGCCAUUAGAAUUAGCCGGUAAAUAUUUACAAAAAAUUAAAACGUUUAAAGCUUAUAUACACAAAUCUAAUUUAUAAUUAAAUAACUUCUUUCUAGAUCCGAACGUCGACGUCGAUAUGCUAAAAACCCAAUGGGAUCAACUGG